CAAUGGCCGCUUAUUGUCACUUCCUGUUGGCGUUGGUCUUUCGCCCUGUUGUCAUGGCAAUGCCCGAAGCCAUCUCGCCAGACAACUGGGAGCCGCCCUUCGAAACCCCUCCCUUACCAAUGCCUGUUGACGGACGCUUUUAUUCUGAAAACAUGACGGGACCAGAGGGGGGCUCAUCCAAAGCAUACUGUCAGAUGCUGCUGCAGUCAGAGGUGCCGCCCGACCAAAUGCCCUGGUUUUGUCUGUGCACAGACUGCAAGAGUAACACCGGCGCUAAGAGAGACCAUGGAGAUCGGGGGCUGCCAGGCAGGCCAGGUAGUCCCGGAAGACGCGGGGUGACUGGCUUCCGAGGUCCUCCAGGUUUUGUGGGCAGACCAGGAAUAAAAGGACAGAAAGGAGACGAUGGAGACAAGGGAAGUCAGGGGCCUCAGGGAUUUGUGGGACCCAAAGGAAACAGAGGGUUUAAAGGUGAGAAAGGAGAGAGGGGUUUGGAGGGUCUCCCAGGUGAGCCAGGUCCUAAAGGAGAUGACGGUGUCUGUCCCAAAGCCUGUGAUGCCGUCCAGGGGCUUGAAGGACAGCCUGGUCUGCCAGGGCCCGCAGGACCUAGAGGUCUGCCUGGCGCGCCGGGGGAGCCAGGAUCCAAAGGGCUGAAGGGUGACAUGGGUGAUAUUGGUCAUUAUGGUGCCCCUGGGUCUGACGGUGUCAAAGGAGAGCCCGGCCUCCAAGGCGAGUGCAAUUGUACAGAUGGACUAGAUGGUGCUCCAGGGCAGAAAGGGUCCAAGGGAAAUCAGGGAGACCAGGGUCAGAUGGGGCCUCCAGGGGAGAAAGGCUUACAAGGGCAUAAGGGGGACAUGGGAGAUAUGGAUUACAUGGGUCCUCCCGGUCCAUGUAUGCCCAGCAUCCAGUCUGCUUUUUCUGCACAACUUAUGACCAGUUACCCCUCGCCUGACGCUCCGGUGGUUUUUGGCUUUGUCGUCUCCAAUGUCCAGGGAAGUUAUGACCCCACCUCCGGGUUCUACACCGCCCCCAUCAAUGGGACCUAUGUGUUCAACUACCACCUGACAGUCCACGAGAAGGUCCUCAAAGUUGGCCUCUUUCAUAAUUUUGAGCCAAUUGUCAAGACAACAGAGCCAAAUGUGUUUGGGACCACUUCCCACUCAGUCGUCCUCCACCUGGCCCGAGGAGACAAAGUCUGGAUCCAGGUCAAGGACAACCUGAGCAACGGCAUGUAUGCUGGAGGCGAGGCCGCCAGUACCUUCUCUGGCUUCCUCCUUCAUCCGGACUCGUGCGACAUGUCUUUCCUGAGAAGUCCUUUACCGGAGCCGACUCUACCGGAGACCGGGUUCAGUUGGGGCGGCGCAUUGAGAUCCAACAUGACUAAUUCCAGCACACCAACAACCACUACCGGAUCCAGUUAGCUUGAAUCCAGAACUUCUUAACGGUGGAUUUCUUGUUGAAGACCAAAAGUAAGGUUAGGGAAAAACUUGGGAACUUCUCAACAGUGGAACAUUUUUAUUGGUCCUCUUCUGGAAAGCCAAACAUUUUCUUGGAGCUUCAUUUAUCACGUUCGCAUUGGAGAACUUGACGUUCCAAAGUUCCUAAUGUUGACAUGGUUGUCAUGGUAACCAUUAGAAUCAGGAGCACCUGAUUGGAACAUUUAUGGUCAAGAUAUAUCGAAACUUUGGCUUUUUCCCAUUUUUUUGACUUGAAAAAGUGGUGAUCGGUUUUUCAUUUGGGCUUUUUGGGUGGAAAAACAACAACAAGCUUAAAUAAAACCUAAGCUCAGCAAAUUUCUAGUCAUUUAAAUCAAGCAAGGGAAUGUAUAGGUCACCACCCUGUCACAAUAAAAGCCUGAUACAUCAUACUAAAUACAGUUCAGUGGGAAGACAAACAU